CCCCUGCGGCCCUCUACUGUGUCUGGGCUGUCCCCGCCUUCUCCUCCAGUCCCUCCACUCCCCGCUACCCAGGAAGGCUGUGCGGGUUGUCAGCGCUGCUUUCGCUUUCUCUUCCCGGUGCCCACUCCUUGUUCCUCGUGCGGCACUAGGACCCCCGGCCCCGUCCCUGCCAUGGCCACGCUCAGGGUCCAGCCUGAAGCCCAAGCCAAGGUGGAUGUGUUUCGGGAGGACCUGUGUGCCAAGGCUGAGACCCUGCUGGGGAGCUAUUUCCCCAAGAAGAUUUCAGAGUUGGAUGCGUUUUUAAAGGAGCCAGCUCUCAACGAAGCCAACCUGAGUGAUCUGAAGGCGCCCCUGGACAUCCCUGUGCCUGACCCAGUCAAAGAGAAAGAAAAGGAGGAACGGAAGAAGCAGCAGGAGAAGGAAGACAAAGAUGAAAAGAAGAAAGGAGAUGAUGAAGAGAAAGGCCCUCCCUGUGGCCCUGUGAGCUGCAAUGAGAAGAUCGUGGCCCUUCUGCAGCGCCUGAAGCCAGAGAUAAAGGAUGUGAUUGAGCAACUCAACCUGGUCACCACCUGGUUGCAGCUGCAGAUUCCCCGGAUUGAGGAUGGCAACAAUUUUGGAGUGGCUGUGCAGGAGAAGGUGUUUGAGCUGAUGACUGGCCUUCACACCAAGCUGGAAGGCUUUCACACUCAGAUCUCCAAGUAUUUCUCUGAACGCGGGGAUGCAGUGACCAAAGCAGCCAAGCAACCCCACGUGGGCGAUUACCGGCAGCUGGUGCACGAGCUAGAUGAGGCCGAAUACCGGGACAUCCGGCUGAUGGUCAUGGAGAUUCGCAACGCUUAUGCUGUGUUGUAUGACAUCAUCCUGAAGAACUUUGAGAAACUCAAGAAGCCCAGGGGAGAAACUAAAGGAAUGAUCUACUAAGAACCGCCUGUCUUGUUCUGUGAUGACAACAGCAGACACCUUCUUGUUUUGUGCCGGAAACUCUGGCCCUGCCCCACCGUCCUUCCUAUUGAGGUAUCCCCUUCUCCUUGUCCCCCUGGGCAAAGUAAAAAUCUUCAAACUGUC